AUGGGAAUUUGCUGCUCCGAUAUCGCCGGUGGUCGUUCGGCCGUCGGCGGAACAGCCGGCGGUAUACUCAAUUCGGCGAACGCUCCCAACGACGCCGUCGAUAACUUCUUCAAGUCUCGCGGCUACAACGGUCUCUUCUCACAGAUCGAGUUGUCGUUUUCUGCUUCUGGAUUGCGUGAUCGAGAUGUGCUCUCCAAGAGCGAUCCCAUACUGGUUCUUUAUGCAAAAGGAAAAAAUGGAGCACUUGAGGAACUUGGCCGGACAGAAGUAGUUUUGAAUUCAUUGAAUCCGACAUGGAUUACUAAACAAACUCUCAUUUAUCAUUUUGAGGUUGUUCAGGUUUUAGUGUUUCACGUUUAUGAUGUUGACACUCAGUUUCACAACGCAGAUGUGAAGAUACUUAAGCUAGAAGAACAACAAUUUCUAGGUGAGGCAACAUGUGCAUUAUCUGAGAUAAUUACAAAGUCUGAUGGAUCAUUGACAUUAGAUUUACUCAGACAAGAUUCUAUCAGAUCUGGCGACUCCCAAAAAUGUGGGAAGCUCAAAGUGCAUGCUGAGGAAUGUGUUGGCUCAAAGACUACAGUAGAGAUGAUACUCAGGUGUUCAGAUUUGGAAUAUAGGGACCUAUUCUCAAAGAGUGAUCCCUUUUUAAUAGUAUCAAAAGUUGUGGAAAGUGGUGCCCAUAUUCCAAUUUGCAAAACCGAAGCUAUAAAGAAUGAUCACAACCCAGCAUGGAAGCCAUUGUUCUUGAAUGUUCAACAAGUAGGAAGCAAGGAAAAUCCUUUGAUAAUAGAGUGCUACAACUAUAAUAGCAGUGGCAAACAUGAUUUGUUGGGAAAAGUGCAGACAUCCUUGGUAGAGUUGGAGAAGCUCUAUUCUGGUGGCCAAGGAGAAAAUUUAUUUUUGUCUGGUGGUCAUGAUUCUCAGGCCAAGGUUUUGAAGAGUCGGCUAUUUGUGGAUAAAUUUUCUGAAAGCAUCCAAUAUACUUUCCUGGAUUACCUGGCUGGGGGAUUUGAAUUGAACUUCAUGCUGGCCGUUGAUUUUACAGCUUCAAAUGGCAAUUCGCGGCUUCCAGAUUCUUUGCAUUAUAUCGAUCCUUCAGGACGGCCAAAUUCAUACCAGAGAGCAAUCAUUGAGGUUGGAGAGGUGUUACAGUUUUAUGACGCAGACAAGCGAUUUCCUACGUGGGGAUUUGGAGCACGGCCAAUUGAUGGUCCGGUCUCCCAUUGUUUCAACUUGAACGGAAGCAAUAGUUACUGUGAGGUGGAUGGUAUUCAAGGAAUUAUGAUGGCAUACACAAGUGCUCUGCUUAACGUUUCUCUUGCAGGACCAACACUUUUUGGACCUGUCAUAAAUAAUGCUGCACUUAUUGCCAGCCAAUCUGUAGCAAAUGGUGGAAGAAAGUACUUUAUCUUGUUGAUAAUCACAGAUGGAGUAGUGACAGAUCUCCAAGAAACAAAAGAUGCACUUGUUAAAGCAUCAAACCUGCCAUUAUCAAUCCUUAUUGUUGGCGUAGGAGGAGCUGAUUUCAAAGAAAUGGAGAUCUUGGAUGCAGACAAGGGGGAAAGGCUUGAAAGUUCAUCCGGGCGUGUUGCCUCACGUGAUAUAGUCCAGUUUGUUCCAUUUCGGGAUGUUCAAAGUGGUGAAAUUUCAGUAGUUCAAGCACUUCUAGCAGAAUUACCUACUCAAUUUUUAGCUUACAUGCGGAGCGGAAAUAUCCAACCAAAUGUUUAG